AUUCACCUGAGAUGCUCAGAGAGAAUUAACAUCAUGUGGCUAUUAAAACUUUUAGGUUAUCCAAUAAAUAAAUAAAAAUUGAUUAAGAAACCAAAUGUCUAGGAGCAACUAAUGAGUUAAUAUGGGUGUUGUUCUCAUCACUGGAAAAACGAUCAGCUUUCUUACUCUCUUUUGGAAAUCUUUUAAUGAAUAAUAAGCUGUCAGUAAUUCAAGAUAGAUUACUGAAUGAAUCAAACCAUCCAUAAAAUCUUAAAAUGUGAAGAAAUAAGAAUGUUGAAAGAAUGAAGUUCACUGAACUGUUUGGCAAUUUAUUUCUUACUGGAACUGCAACUUGGGCACUCUUAACAACGAAAUCAUCUUUUCAAUACGAUUCUCUAUCAUACAGUUUCUUCCUUUCAGUAGGAAUAAGCAGAUUCUUGGCUAAUUUAGCAAACAAUCCUAGAGUGACCCGCUUCACGAAGACAAAAUCCCAAAAUUCUUUGGCGUUCGCAACUGCGCUACUUUCUACAGAAUUUUGUCUUGUCGCAGGAAUGGAUAAAACACUAGCUUCUUCUAACUUGCUUCUUCCACUUUUAAAUUUGCUGACGAAACGUAAGGAUGAUGAAAAAAUGUUGGAAACAUCAAGAUGGUACAGUACAGUGCUUUUGUUAUGUGCUUCCAAUACUCAUGAUUUGAAAAUUGGCUACGUGCUUACCUUUAUUCUGCUAUUGACUGAUCCAAAAGUGAGUAACUUUUCAGCAUACAUAAUGGCAGCAAGUAUUAUACUUGCAGUGCCAAGUCUGAAUGCAUUAAAACAACUUUCCUAGUGCGAAUAUUAUUUAUUUAAUUAUAUUAUAAAUACUUAUAUUAUACUUAAUAUACAACACAUUCUUGAAUAACCCAUUUAUAUCACAAAAAAAGUUAUAAAUAAAGCAGUAGAAAC